CAGCGUGCUCUGGGGAACGCCACCGACGCCCCGGCUGCGGUAGGCCGUCCCGUCCCGCCCGGCAUUCGGUUGGGCGGCCUCGGGACGCGCUACCUGCGCGGCGCCGCCACGUGAGCGCCACAUCAGCGGCGCUCCGCUCGCUCCGAGCCGGCAGCGCAGCAACGGCAGGCGGCAGCGGCCGCGCUCCCGCUCGGCGGCCCGGGAAGAUGCUGCAGUCGCUGGCGGGCAGCUCCUGCGUGCGGCUGGUGGAGCAGCACCGCUCCGCGUGGUGUUUCGCCCUGCUGGUGCUGGGCUACCUGCUCUACCUGGUGUUCGGAGCCGUCGUCUUCUCGUCGGUGGAGCUGCCCUACGAGGACCUGCUGCGGCAGGAGCUGGGCAAGCUGAAGCAGCGCUUCCUGGUGGAGCACGCGUGCCUGUCGGAGCAGCAGCUGGAGCAGUUCCUGCAGCGGGUGUUGGAGGCCAGUAACUACGGCGUCUCGGUGCUCAGCAACGCUUCGGGCAACUGGAACUGGGACUUCACCUCCUCGCUCUUCUUCGCCAGCACCGUGCUCUCCACCACGGGUUAUGGACAUACAGUGCCUUUAUCUGAUGGAGGGAAGGCCUUCUGCAUCAUCUACUCGGUCAUCGGGAUCCCGUUUACGCUGCUUUUCCUGACAGCAGUAGUACAGCGCAUCAUUGUUUAUGUCACCAGGCGGCCUGUACUCUAUUUCCACAUCCGCUGGGGCUUCUCCAAGCAGAUUGUUGCCAUCAUCCACGCUGUAGUCCUUGGGUUCAUCACAGUCUCAUGCUUUUUCUUUAUCCCAGCAGCAAUUUUUUCUGUGCUGGAAGAAGACUGGAAUUUUUUGGAGUCUUUUUACUUUUGUUUCAUUUCCCUGAGCACCAUUGGCUUGGGAGAUUAUGUGCCAGGAGAAGGCUACAAUCAAAAAUUCCGAGAGCUGUAUAAAAUUGGAAUUACAUGUUACCUCUUGCUGGGCCUCAUUGCAAUGCUGGUGGUUCUUGAGACAUUCUGUGAACUCCAUGAGCUCAAAAAGUUUAGGAAGUUGUUUUAUGUGAAGAAGGACAAGGAAGAGGACCACGUGCAUAUAAUGGAACAUGACCAGCUCUCUUUCUCCUCCAUCUCAGACCAAGCAGCUUCCAUGAAGGACGAUCAGAAGGCAAACGAGCCUUUUGUGUCUUCCCAGUCCCCAACUUCCAAUGACAGCUCUCUAAACAAUUAAUACAGGGGCAUCCACAACAUUGUUUUGGUGCAUUUAUGCUACUUACUAUAAGAAAUAGAAUGUAUCUUUUAUUUUCCUGAAAAUAAUGAAGCUGGAAGACUGUGCUAUUUUAACAAAGAUUCGUCACUUCUAACGUAGAAAAGACUUCAGGGGAAAAGUGUGGGAGCCACUCUGGGAAUAGGGAAAGAAAUGUAGAAUGUGACUGGGAACAUUAGGCCAUUUUGCUUGAGAGAUAAAGAGGUGGGAAUACCACUUUCAGAGGCGCCAGAGAGAAAGGCUUGGACAAGCAACUUCAUCUGUCUUUAGGAGAGUAGGGCCUUCACUAAAAUCUAGCUCUUCUGGUUGCGUGCCCUGUCUUAGAACUGGGUGAAACUCUGAGCUACGUACUUUAUCUCAGAAAAGUAGUCGGUAGAUUUUUUUUCCAAACACACCAGAUGUCUUCAUUUGGAAAACAUUUCCAGAGCAGUAUCCGUAGACCUGCUGGAAGGGAGUAUCUAGCUCAUCCUUCUAUUACCCACUCAGUUGCAUGUGCAAACAAUAACUUUAGGAAUGAAAAAGCAGGUCUCCAUCCCUUCCUCUGCCCAGGCCAUUUACAUUCAAAUUUCCUUCUUCCUUAAAACGUUCCCUAAUCACAGCAAGAAUGUUGUCCUGUGGAGAAUGUGCCUUGAGUCUUCCAUGCUGUUUUGCUUUGUAAAAAAAAAUACUUAUGUAAACUCUGAGAGGUAGCAAGAGCCAUAGAGCCAUUCAAAAGUGCUAGAUGAUAGGGCUGCAGGGAAGGGAAUUCCUUCCCUUUGGAAUAGGUAGGAAUGUUUUUCUUUUUUUUUUUUUUUUUUUUUUUUUUUUUUUUUUUUUUUUGGCUGAAUGGAACAAAAUGAAAAGGGGAACUGAAUUUGAGCAUAUGCCGUAUUUGUCAUACUCAAACGCUUUAAGUAUUCUCCUUGAUGAGGGUUGAAGUCUAUGAGCAGAGUGAGGGCUCAGCUCUAUUUUACCUACAUACAGCGUGUGCUGGGCUGUUAGGCAUCUGGAGGAAUAGAAGCAGUGUCGUCUUUGACCACAGCCCCUUUUUCUUGAUUUGAUUUUCUAACUAGUACUCAGAGCACCUUGGAGGAGAAUGGAAUGUUUCCAACCAAUUUUUCAGAUUUUCGUAUGGGAAGAAAACAGGAAAAAUGUCAUAUUUGGUUCAGAUGGAACCGGAUGGAACCAAAUUUUUUUCCCCUUGGGAAAAGUCGCUACAAAGUCAAGAUCUCAUUCAAUUUCUGUCGCUGGAACCUCUUUGGCUGUAACAUGAGAGGCAUUUUAGUCCAGCUACCUGUCACUGUGCUGAAUGCAGGGAUCUCAAAGUGAAUUUCAGGGAGCAGGAGAUGAGACUAAGUGGUGACAGUACUCUCUUCUGGCCUUAAGAAUCUAUGAAAUGGGAAUCUAGAUAACGUUUUGCAACGAAUAAAAGAUCUGGAGCACAAAUAGCCAUAUUAGGACAACCUCCCACAUAGGAAUAGUGUAGAGGAGAGCCUUUUCCCUGCAGUGCAAGCAUGCCAGGUUGCCUGUAAUUUGGCUUGUAGUGUUUGGCUUGUAGAGCUGAAGAAUAUUUUACUGUAAAAGAAAAAAACAAAAUGCAGCUUGUCUAGAAUUAGCUCACAUGGGAAAAAUACUUGAAGUAAACAACCCAAAAUAUUCUAUGUUUGAGCUUAAUUAUAGCUAGCAUCAAACUGAUUUUAUAUCUUUACUGGAAAAAAAAAAGACAACUUACUUUAUGGCUAAAUUAACUAAAAGUCUUCAAUUUAUAUUUGUAGAAAAUCAAAGCUAAAGGUUUUGGCUGUUUUGGGUUUUAUAGAUUAGGUGAGAGCAUACUGUGUUUGCAUGUUCCCAGGAAAGUGGCUAUUUUUAUACUGCUUAAGUUAACACAGUUCUAUUUAUAACAAAUGUUAACCAAUAUAUAUGUACAUAUAUACAUAAAUAUAUUUAUAUACUGUACAUAUAUCAUAAAUCACCAGAGUUUAAUCAACUUAGGCACAGCAUUUUAGAUUUUGUUUUCCUAGGUUUCUCUUUAUACAAUGAAUUAUAGGAAACUAUGGCAUAAAAUAACACUGGCAUAAAAAUAAGCAUACUGUACCACAAGAAAUAUUGAUAUGGUUUUGGUUUUUUUUAGUGAAAUUUUAUCGUUGUCAGUACCUUAAAAUUUAAGGUUUCUUUUAAUUUCACUGUAACAUUAAGCUGUAAGGGAUAUGCGCAGAUACUAAGUGAUAUACAAAAUAAUUUUGCAAUGCGUACACAGUUGCAAAACAUAGACACGUUAAAUGAAAGCACAGAAUUCAAACCAGAAGUGAUAAACUAAGCAGUGAUACUGUGAUGUAGUUGAGUGUUUGUUUCUUUUGAACUUAAAACAAGUAUGGCUUUUGGCUGCCUGCACUAUGAAGUGAGGAGUAUUUUCUUUAGCAGUGCGUGUGCGUGCACAUACUGUGCAAAAAGCCUGUCUGCAUUUGUCAAGAUUGCGUAUCCUUCAGUCAAGUCUUCCUCAACACAAGGAGAGACUGUUAAUGCCAGAGUGUGCUACCUAACCUUGAAACUGAUUGUAGCUUAGCACUGUAUUGGUUAUUUGUAUAGGAAAAAAAAGCAAGCAUUCUGAAGUGUGUUUGUUUUUGUUUCAGAUGCUGAUUGAUUAUAGCAAAUAAAAGAUAGUAGCAUAAUG